GCCCCGCCCCAGGGCGGUCCUUCGAGCGGAAGCGCCCGAGCGGAAGCGGAAGUGCGAAGCGACUGCGGCGGGCCGAGAGCGGCGCGGGCGCAUCUCUGUGCUGGCGCGUCUCUAGAUCCUUCUCAGGAGUUCAGUUAUGGGUGUGAGAGGCUUACAGGGGUUUGUGGGAAGUAGCUGCCCACACAUAUGUACAGUAGUAAAUUUCAAAGACCUGGCAGAGCAGCACCGAAGCAGACAUCCUGGAGGUACUCCUACCAUCGUGGUCGAUGCCAUGUGUUGCCUCCGGUACUGGUACACGCCGGACUCUUGGAUCUGUGGUGGCCAGUGGCGGGAAUACUUUUCUGCUCUGCGAGAGUUUGUAAAAACUUUUACAGCUGUUGGCAUCAAAUUGAUAUUCUUCUUUGAUGGCAUGGUGGAGCAGAACAAGAGAGACGAGUGGGUGAAGCGCAGGCUCAAGAACAACAGGGAGAUAGCCCGGAUCUUCCACUAUAUUAAGUCCCACAAGGAGCAGCCCGGCAGGAACAUGUUCUUCAUCCCCUCGGGGCUGGCCGUGUUCACUCGCUUCGCUUUGAAGACCUUGGGGCAGGAAACGCGGUGUUCGUUGCAGGAGGCCGACUAUGAGGUGGCUUCCUAUGGCCUCCAGAACGACUGCCUUGGGAUCCUGGGAGAAGACACUGACUACUUAAUUUAUGACACGUGCCCCUACUUUUCCAUCAGCGAGCUCUGCCUGGACAGUCUGGACACCGUCAUGCUCUGCCGGGAGAAGCUCUGUCAGAGUCUGGGUCUUGGCCUGUCCGACCUUCCUCUUCUGGCCUGCCUGCUUGGCAAUGACGUCGUCCCAGAAGGCAUGUUUGAAAGCUUUCGGUACAAGUGCUUGUCCUCCUAUACCUCUGUGAGGGAGAACUUUGACAAAAAAGGCAACAUUAUUUUAGCUGUGGCAGACCACAUAGCUACAGUUCGUCGACUGCAUCAAGGUGAGAAAAAGCUAGAAGAGAUACUACCUCUGGGAACAAACAAAGCUCUUUUUUAUAAAGGAGUUGCAUCGUAUCUUUUGCCAGGACAGAGGUCUCCAUGGCUUUUCCAAAAACCUGAAGGUGUAAUAACUUUGGACAAGCCGGUGGUAUCCAUGAUUUCAGGCCCUGAGUCCAAUUGGGAAGUUCCUAUGUGUACAGAUCCUGAGUCCGGGCGAGACGUUCCCGUGUGUACAGAUCCUGAGUCCAAGCGAGACAUUCCCGUGUGUACAGAUCCUGGGUCCGGGCGAGACGUUCCCGUGUGUACAGAUCCUGGGUCCGGGCGAGACGUUCCCGUGUGUACAGAUCCUGGGUCCGGGCGAGACGUUCCCGUGUGUACAGAUCCUGGGUCCGGGCGAGACGUUCCCGUGUGUACAGAUCCUGGGUCCGGGCGAGACGUUCCCGUGUGUACAGAUCCUGGGUCCGGGCGAGACGUUCCCGUGUGUACAGAUCCUGGGUCCGGGCGAGACGUUCCCGUGUGUACAGAUUCUGAGUCCAAGCAAGAAAUAUCCCUGAGUUCAGAUCCUGAACUCAAGCAAGAAGUUCCCAUGUGUAUGUGCUCUGAAUCCAAGCAGAAAUUACCUGUAGGUACAAACCCUGAAUUUAAUCCAGAAGCACCCAUGUUUACAAACCCUGAAAUUAAACAAGAAGACCCCAUAAAUACGGGGCCUGAAAUGAAGCAACAAGUAACCAUGGUUUCAGAUCCUGAAAUCUUACAGGUCGCCAGGGCGCAUCACGUGCAGGCGGAGAGCUACCUGGUGUACAACAUCCUGAGCAGUGGGGAGGUCGAAUGCAGCAACAGCCUGGAGGAUGAGCUGGACCAGGCUCUGCCCAGCCAGGCCUUCGUCUACCGCCCCGUGCGGCAGCGCGUGUACUCCCUCCUGCUGGGGGGCGGCGGAGGUGACACCAGCGCCUGCCCCACUGUCAAGGAGUGGUUUGUGUACUCUGGGAACCCGCUGAGGCACCCGGACCUCGUCAGGCCUCUGCAGAUGAACAUUCCAGGGGGAACGCCUAGCUUGAAGCUACUGUGGCUAAGCCAGGAGCCAGGAGUGCAGGCCCGGCGCUUGGACACACUCCUGGCCUGUUUCGACCUGUCUUCCUCGAGGGAAGAGCUGCAGGACGUUGGGAGCCCCUUUGAGGCCCUGUGCUGCCUCUUGAUCUACCUCUUCGUGCAGGUGGACACCCUUUGCCUGGAGGAUCUGCACGCCUUCAUUGCCCAGGCCCUGUGCCUCCAAGGAAAGCCCACUGUUCAGCUUGUGGACCUGGAGCUCGACCACGUCGACCCCAGGGCUGUACAGCUGGGCUCCCUGCUGGUCCGCGGCCUCACCACCCUGGUGCUGGUCAACAGCGCCUGCGGCUUUCCCUGGAAGACAGCUGACUUCAUGCCCUGGAACCUGUUCGACGGGAAGCUGUUUCAUCAGAAGUACCUGCAGUCUGAGAAAGGGUGCACAGUGGAGGUUCUUGUAGAGCAGAACGGCACAGGAGAAGGUCAGAUUCUAGGAGCCUCUUAUUAUCGCAGCAUGGAGGGAGACUGCAGCCAGAGGUCCCGACUCACCAAAUUCCAGGCCCUGAAGUCGGCUGUGUGCAGGGCCUGCGUCAAGGAGAACAGACCUAUCAGCAGCAGGCGGCACUGGCGACCACACCACUCAGGGCGGUGGGGACGGCAGGAAUCCAGCUCCCACAGGACGAGUUCCGGGCACAGCCGGUCCGGCCAAGGGCAGCACUGGAGAGACCAGGGCCCAGGAAGUAGACCGUACGAGCCUGACCAGUGGAGAAAGUACUAGUCAUCUGGGUAAGCCCCCACAUCAAAGAUCAAGGUAAACCCGACUUUGUAACGCGGAUCUUUCCUAUCAAGCGCCAGACUUAGAAUUCAGGUUGAAAUCCUCCCAACAUGGAGCUGAGUUAACUCGGUUUCAGGAUGGGUUUGCUUCUUCAAGAAAAAGUGUGCGUGGGCAAAGAUGCAGAAUCCAGCCCUCCACCCGAGGGCCUCCGUCAGAGCAAAGGACCGGGGCGCCACCCUCUUCUCCGAGGAGAGACGGCCUGUGGGUUCAGACCUGGUGUCACGUGAAGAGCAAAGCAUUCUUUCCCGUCUCUUCCUUAGCGCAUUUUUAGAGUCUGUGCCUGACCCAUGGCCCCAGUGUACUCGCCUCUUGAUGCUGGUCUCCUCAUCUGUGUGUACAAGGAGUGGCUGGUUUCUCUUAACGAGUUGGAAUCUUACUGUAUCCCGCUUUUUAAAAUGUUAACACUGGGUCGUGAGGGAGUUUCCCAGACCACCUUGUUGCAGAAGACAUGGCGUCUGACAGCCGUCUCAUUUUCAGGAAUUGUUUUCCAGCUAUAAGGUCUAACCAGGAGUAAACGUCCACCCCUGUCUGUCCUUGGUCCUCGGGGUGUUUGUACAGAGAGAGGGCACCCGCCCUCCUCCUCGCCCUCCUGGUGGGAGAGGUGACCGCGUUGUCUUGGCACAGCACACAGCUCACGGUCUGUUUCUGCCGUGCAUCCUUUUCAUUUUGCGUCUGCCAGGCUUCGGCCCAGAGCUUCUAGAGCAGCGCGUGGGAAGACUCCUGGGUCCCCACAGACACCAGACACCAGACGGGAACCCCGCCGGCGCGAGGAGCAGAGGCCGCCGCUGAGCGUCCGGAAGCCGCGGGUUCAGUGCCUCUCGGGAGCGGUACAUGUGUUGCUCUUUCUCUGUGAGCCCUGGAGGGCUCUUGUUAAACAGCAUUUUAAGUGAAUCCAAGUUCCGAGAAAUCCUGUUCCUGGAAGAAUUUGCAGAUAAUCCAAGAAUUGAGAUUUUAUGCCCCCAGUUGUCCCGAGCUCAACCCCUGGAGUAUCAAUAAUGGAAAACGUCCAGACUCAGCUGUUGGUGACCCCUGUCCCCUUAGCCUGGAGCUGGGGUGGCUGCCCACCCCUCGGGCCACACCCCACGCCUCGGAGCCCAGGACGCCCAGUGCUUACAGGCCUGUCCUCGCGGGGUGAGCCCUAAGGCCUUGGGGUCCAGGCCGUGGAGCUGCCUGCCAUGUGCUCCCCCAACUCACGGCCCUGAAUGCCCAGCUCGUGCUCUGUGAGGUGUUAAAACCCCAUUAGUAUUUACCAAGAAGGGCUACAGCCUCCUCUGUGUUACUGUAUUUACAUCUCUUAUGGUUGAAGUAGCCUCGCUGCUGCUACAGUUCCUUCUGAAGGAAAUUGGCAUGUUUAAUUGCUUUUCACGUGGUCUCGUAGGACACGGAGCAGUAUCUCCCAGCUUUGGAAAAUUUCACGUGUGAAUGUCUCCUAUCUAAAUUUUAGCACCCUGUUCUUUCCCUUUUGCUAAUCUGAGACGACCACUGCUUCGAGAAGUCUCAUUCCUUUGCUGCUCAUUUGUGUAACAUUGAAAUAAAUUCCUCACUCCUGAGACUAAAAGAGUAGACCUCCAUGACUGUUGUCAUUUUCCCUAUAAGUAAACUCUAACGUGUCACUCAGAUAUUUGUGUCCUUUUGGCAAGCUUAAGUAAGCCAUUGAGUUGAUAUACUCCCUAUUACGUUUGAAAAACAAUGCAGUGGUUGUUUGUGAUAUUCAUGUUGUUACAGAAAGUAUCUCUGCAGUGAAGUCUUCUAAUGAAAGUUCCAUGUAUCAGUUUAAAAAUGAAAAUAAAAUGAUAUAUUUAUUACUCGUAAUUAAA